GCCGGUUGUCCAUUGAGCAACGUGAUACACUUGCUGGCCCAUUACCAGAUUAUUUUCAUGAGCAGGCAGGACAUCGCAAGUCAAUCCGCCGGCUUUCACGAAAAUUGAACAAUUUUUUUAUUUAUUUUUCCGUUAAUUACUCCGUUUUUUUUCGCUAUCGCCCCAGGGAAUUUUGUGAAUAUUUGAAUUGAAAGUUAUCUUGAGACAUCAGUGAUAGUUUUGAGACUUUUUCCGAGAGAAGUGAGUGGCAGAUCUGAGGCGUCCAGCCAGUGAACCCAGCAGUUCAAUUAUCUUUUAGUAGAUUAGUAUUAAUUAAGAAAAUGAGAAACACAGCGGAGAAACAACUGUCCUGGUUCACCCUGCUACUGACGGCAUUCUACUCCUUGCUGGCUAGCUGUCGGGGAGAGGAGUGCGGCCAUGAGGAACUCGCCAGCUGUGCCAGACCACUCGGUAAAAUUACAAACAACAAUGAACUGGGUUUUGUCGCAACCAAGGAGGAGCUGACUGCACUCUGUCCGGACCUGGAAGCGGGCAUGAAGUGCAUCAAGAUGUACACACUGCGGUGCAUGGCAGGCAAUCAGAGGACGAAUUUCAAUAAUCUCUAUAAAGGCGUGAAUAUGGCGAUCAUUGAGCUCUGCCAGGAGGGACCCUAUCAAGAUGCAUUUCUCAAGCACGCACCAUGCAUGCAGACCGUCCAAGCAGACUACGAAAUGUGUUCCAAAAAAUACCAAAACACUGUACUAGCACUUGACAAGAAGAAUCAAACGAGGUCUAGUGAGCCAGUCAAGUCAAUAUGCUGUGCUUUCCAAGAGUAUCUCGACUGCUCGCAUCAUACUGUACGCAGGAAGUGUGGUGACGAAACAGCGGAAUUUACGAAAAAUUUUCUGGAUCUUAUGGCCAACUCUUUGAUCAAGAUGCACUGCGCCCGUUAUACCAACGGCGAGUGUGCAGCCUAUUCAGCAGCCCCAUACACCGCCAUCAAUGCAUCCCUCCUAUUGGUAGUUGGACUGAUGUCUCGAUACUUCACGUAAGAUCCUCAACUACCAAACAAAUCUGCGAAGUCAAGUAGCAAAAGUGCCUCUGCUUUCCGUCGUCCUCCAUCAGCACUGAAUCUCGACUCACUUGAAACAAAAACUCCAUUUGGAGGAGUCAAUCAGACUGACGAUCUCAAAGGAAGUACCAGAAUUUCUGUCCCAAAACAUCAAUGUUCUGUGACAGAACUAAUAGAAAAGUAUCACGAUGGCUGGUGUGCCAAUAAAUCAACGAAUGAAUGGAGAAAUGAGACAGAAUAAACGCCGGAUGAACGGUGCAAAUAGUUAAUUUUCUCAUUUCCAAGGAUUAGAUUGUGCGAAUUCAUUUUUAGCCUUAAGUUUGAUUCAACAUUGAACCGCUUGUGUGCUAUUCAUCAUCUAAAAAGUCGGAGAAAAUGGAGGAGUGAAAGAAUUCAAAAGAAGGGGGGGAAAACAAGAACAGGGGAAGAGAAAAGCCUGGCCAAUCGAGUCCUGGCAAACUUUUCUGUUCAUUAACUUGUCCUUCUAACUUCAUGUCUUCAUUGACUCUAUUCGUUCUUCUUCAUUUAUCUUGCACCCUCAAAGCGAAAACUUUUCCACGAAUUUCUCUCAUUUUAUUCAACGAGCUGUAAGCUUUCUUUAUCAUUUUACUUUUUCCUCGUCAUUUUUUUUUCCUCCUUCUUUUAUUUAGCUACCCCCAUUCUCAGUUUAUUUUUCACUGUAAGAAUAUUUCAGAGUUUUCCCUGCAUUUAGAGAUGUGUAUACCGUGUAUAAUAGUGAGAAACCAAGAGGAAUACUGGCAAGUACCACCUGUCAAGUAUAGUUGUUUUUUUUUUGUUCUUGUUAUCUUUAGAAACAAAUCGCAGUUUCUUCUAUUGAACGGUGUUUUUGUUUUUAGAGGUUAUUCUUAUGUUUCAUGUUCUCAUGUAUUUCUUGAGAAUCGGUGGAGGGAGGAGGGGAAAGGGUAUUGUAUAUCUAGAUGAGCUGAAUUUCGUCUUCUCGACCCCAUUUCUGUGUUCUGUUGUCUCUUCCAAUGAACAAUCAAUUCACUGUGUAAAUGUCCUCGAAAUUGUGUUGAGUUUAUUGCGCCUUUAUCACGGAUAGUUCACGAAUAUUAACAGUAUACUAUUAAUAAUUUUUGGCUGAAAUUGCCUGCUAUAGUUGCACGGAAAUUUCAGGGAAUUUCGUGAUUGAAAAUUCA